AGUCAGGUGGUUCCUCUAAUACCAUGAGGAGCUGUCCGCGGUGCUGAAACCAGACUCACACUGCGAGACAGAGAUGCUCAGUUCACUCACGACCCUCGAUAGAAACUAAUUACAAAGGCGUCACCAUGCCGUCAUUCCGCAAGACCUCCACCACAGGCAAACCUUUCCUCAUCUGUUUUGCAAACCUCCUCUUAAUCCUUCUUUUCCUCAGUUCCUCUGGCGUUCACGGUGCUUCUCUCAGAGAACACAGACUGCGAGGAAGUGAAUCAGACUCCCAGCGAGGAGAUGUCCACCAGGCUCCUGAUGCCGACAUGCUCAAAGCUUUGGAGUACAUCGAGAGCCUCCGUCAAAGAACUGGCACAGACUCCCAGCAGCACGCCCCUCUCGUUACAGGGUACGAUGCCAGCCACAUGGAUGAUGCUGAGAAGCUGCGUGCCAUGCUGAGACUGGCUUCUAACCCUAUGCAGAGCAAAGAUGAGGAGGAGGAAGAGGAGGAGGAGGAGGGAAGGGAGGACAAGAGUGAAGAGCUGCUCCAGGCUGUUCUCAGCACCCUCCAGCAGACGGAAAAAGCCUCCAAGCCACCUUCACUUCGCCCCAGCGUCGAAGGAGCGGGCAUAAAGGACGGCAUGUAUCCCAGGGUGCAGCAGAAGCAACACAGCAUCAAGCCUCACAAGAAGCUGCCGCUAAUGUUUGAGGACGAGGAAGAGGGUGAGGGGGAUGAGGAAGAGGAUGAGGAGAGGUCAGAUCUGGAGCAUGAGAGCCCCUUCAAACGCACCAACGAGAACGUGGAGGAGAAGUAUACGCCUCAGAACCUGGCAACUCUGCAGUCUGUGUUUGACGAACUGGACAAGCUGACAAGUGUGAAGACCAUGCACAAACGCCAAGAUGAGGAGGAUGACAUGGAGAAGAGUGAUGAUGAGGAAAAAGAUGAUGAUAUGUUUAAUGUGAGGAAUGUAGCAUACAAUGACAUAGGCGGGAAUCUUGCAGACUGGGGUUCGCUACAAGAACAGGAAGAGGGAGAAGAGGAGGAGGAGGAGAGGGACAACAAACAUGAGGCUGACCGAGGGCUUGAUUAUGUUGAUGACAAUGAUGAAGAAGCUGAUGAGGAUAAUGAAAUGGAAGAUGAUGAAAGCUACCCAGUCAAGAGAUCAAAAGAUCCAGAUGACAUUGCUAACCUGGUAGACUAUUACCUCCUAAAAGUGCUGGAGAAAACAGAAGAAGAGCAGAAACGACAGUUUGAGGAAGAGGAGAAAAAGAGGGCAGAGAGGAGAGUGGCUCAGACAGAGUACAGAGAUAACAUAGAUCCACGGGCCAUCUACGAGCUCAUUCAGAUCUCCCAAAAAUACCAGAUCCCACCUGAAGACCUGGUGGACAUGCUCAAAACCGGAGAACCGACGAAUCAAGACAAGUUACAAAAGAGCAACGAAUUAGCCAGAGCAGAAAACAAGCUCUCUCAGAUAUCCUCAAAGAAGACACACAAACAUCCUGAAGCUAAAUUCUACAACAGACGCUUUCCUGAUAGACAAAAGACACCAGAGGAGAUUAGGACAGAAGAGAUACUAAACAUCCUGGGGUUAGAGGGCGAAGAGGAUCGAGCUCCUGUCAGGAAGCAGAAGCAGUACAAAAGCUCGCAGUUACGACUUCACACUCAGCCUCCUGGACGUUCGGGGGAAUCCGCUCCCACGCAACGGCGCCUUCCCAGUUUAUUAAAAAACGACUAUGAUGACACCGUGGAUGAGGAUGAACUGGCAGCAUACUUAGCAGCUCAGAUGCUGGCACAGUAUCCAAACCCCGUGUACAGAAACAACAAGGCAAGCCAAAAGCGGGACGAAGUUGGACAGAGCAUGACGGGCUCUUUUGAACAGGCGAUACAGGCUUAUUUUGAUCAAAUAGACUCAGAUAAAAACCCAAAUGAUAAGAGACAGACUGAGGAUGAUGAGAGGGGCGGUGAAACACAAAUGCAAGGCUUUGAUAAUGAGGCGGCGAUGAAAUUGCUGAGCUACCUGAACCCAGAAACUGAAGAAAGUGAUACUAAUGCCAAAACUGCCCCAGGAAUAUAAAGAAGGCUAUAGAUAGAUAAACAUGUAUAUAUAUAUAUAUGUCUUGGUGGAGGGAGAUGGUGAAAAUAAAGUAUUUUGAAGAAUAUAACAUGCAGUCAACUUUAGUUAUUCUGUAGGUUUACAAAGGUUCAUAUUUACUAGCAGAAAUAUGAGUGUUCAGACAUUAACUUGAUGCUUUUUUUUUUAAUGAGUUUGUUGCUCAAAACCACUUUACAACCAGUACAUGUGACCAGCCCUUCAAUGCACACACACAACCAAAAUCAGUGUUGGAUCCCUUAUAUUGACUUGUGUUUUUUUUGGUAAUUAUUUUUUAAAUGUGGUCAUAUGUGACAUACCUGAGGUUAAUAAAGCAUUGACUUUAUUUUUUCCUUA